CCAGGAGAGAGCUUGAAGGCCAAAGGUUGCAGAUGACUCAGGUGCCUGAAGGAGUAUCGGGAAGAGGGCAGCCAUCCCAGGACUGUUUCUGGAGAGGCACCUAGGACCCACGCAGCCCAGGACUAUUUGAUCCACUUGUUCCAAAAACACAGCCGGCAGGUCCAUGUCUGGCAGGCCUCUGCCCCCCGGACACGAGGAAGAGGAGAUUGCCAAAGACCCUGGGCCGAAACCAUCAUCAGUACGGCCCCGGGGCCGCCUGCCCAGCAUUGAUGAAGCCCGACUGGCAGGUCUGGGCCGGGCCUCCAGCCGUGGCUCCGUGCUGGGUCAAGCCACCUCCUUCUCACGCCGCAACUCGCUGGCCGGGCAAGGUGUGGGCCCUGGAGGACGGCGACCAUCUCUGGGCCCAGUGCCCCCUCUGGCCUCGCGAGUCAGUUUCUCAGGGUUGCCCCUGGCGCCCACCGAUAGGGUGGCGCGCUCAUACUGCACGGAGCCAGCCCCUGGGGAACGCUGGGAGGCUGCGCGCGCACAGAGCGCCCUGGAGGUGGCGCUAGGAGCUGGGCUGCGUGACACGUGCUACUCCAGCGCCCAGGCUGGGCGGCUGGCUCGCGAGCUCUGCGAGCAGGUGCGCCUGCGCCUGCGUGAGCUUCUCCCGCCGCGAUACAAGCUGGUGUGCAGCGUGGUGCUGGGGCCUCGGGCGGGCCAGGGCGUGCAUGUGGUCAGCCGCGCGCUCUGGGACGCAGGGACUGACGGGCUGGCCUCGGCCUCCUACUCUAACGCCUCGCUCUUUGCGGUGGCGAUGGUCCAUGGGCUCUACUGCGAGUGA